AUGACAGAUUACUAUGCAAAACUCCAAGUUUAUGAUAAACUCCUAGAAAAUUGGCAUUCUGGAGAAAAACCAAGUAUGAGUCCCGAAGAGCAUAGUUACUAUCGCGACUUGUUACUUAAAUCUAUGAGUGGAGUUCAACUUACUGAACCUGUAAAAGAAAAAAAACGAUCAUUCUGGCAUAAAAUGUACGAUGGUGCAUGUUCGGUCGGCAAUUUUUUCAUGAAGUAUUUAAUUUCACCCAUCAUCGCUAGCCUGAGCGCGGGAUUUUUGGGAUUCAACAUCACGAAAAUGAUUGGCUUUUAA